AUGCCAGUCAGCACGAGAUCAACCAACCGUGAAGAAACACCAGAGAACCAGAUAACCCCUGGAACCUUUCCAACGCCGAUAACCACGCGAAGACCACGAUAUCAAGCCCCAGAACGCGAAGAGAUGGCAGAUCAACAAGAUGAAGCUGCAAUACUGAGGCAUCGUAUUGCUCAGUUAGAUGAUGAACUACGCCAGAUGAGAGCUGCUAGCACUCCUGCUGCUAGCACUCCUGCUGCUGGCACUCCUGCUGCUGCUACUGCUGCCCAUGAUGGCAAUGAACUAAGCCCUGACCUUGCUGCCCACCUGCGUGAUCAAGGUGAUACCCCUGCCUUGAGCAGAGUUCUUCAAGAAUUCCGUGAACGAGUCAAAUACCUUCAAAAACCAGGUCUUCUCAAAUCAGCAUCUGAUUACCCGAUUUGGAAGGAAGAGAUCCUGCUUGCCAUCAAGCAAUCCCGUACAGAGGAUAUCCUCACCACCAAACCCCUGGAAAAUGCCAGCAAGGAUAUGAAACGAUACUGGGAGGAACGCAACUCCUGGCUAUACAAUUUAAUAUGGUCUUCAGUUUCUGUUGAAGCCAAAUCUCUUUUUACUAUACCCCAAGAUUUCCUAGAUUCUUCUGCUCUAUGGAAGGCCAUAGAGGUAUCUUUUUCAGAAAGGGUAGAGAUCCGCAGAGCUCGCCUAUCCAAAGAAUUCAAUGAUAUCACGGCUGCCACCUAUGGGGGAUCUAGUCGCUCCUUCAUAGAACGCCUCCUAGCAAUCCGUGUUGAAUAUAUCCGCCUUGGAUAUGAGGUUCCCAACUUCAUUCUCUUCGAUAAACUCCUCAACGGCCUCACCAAGGGUUGGUCAUCAUUUAUCAAGGAUCGUAUGGAUCAUGCAGCAAAGGAUGAUAAUACCAGACCACUUGAAGACAACUUUCUUGAACUUUGCAAAGAUAUAUUACUCCGCCUGCCAUUAGAUGACAAGAAUGCCAAUGCUGCUACAGGCUAUCUGAAGGAUGAUAAGAACACCAAGGAUAAGAACACCAAGGAGUGCAACUACUGCAAUCGAAAGGGCCAUGAUGAGAUCCACUGUUGGGACAAAUAUCCAGAAAAGAAGCCAAAGAACCUACAAAAAGCCUCCACUGUGGAGCCAGCGAAUGUUAUAGAAGAACAGGUCUUCUAA